AUGACCAACGAUGAACCGCAAGUUGUCUCGGACGAAAAGCUCUCUGACGACGAGGUGGAUGACGAGAAGGACUGUUCGCAGCUGAAUACAAGUCGGGGAGAAGGAAGUGCUUGUACAAUAUGUUUCGAACCGUACACCAGUGUUGGAUCUCACCGCGUAGUUUGCCUCAGGUGCGGACACCUGUUUGGCAAAAAAUGCAUCAAUCGAUGGCUUGCAGAAAUACGUGGUUCUAGGAAAUUCUGCCCAACUUGUAAACAGCCGUGUAAGCGAUCAGACAUAAGGGAACAUUUUUGUCGCGGAGUUCAAGUUACAGAUAACUCUGAACUCCAUGAUGCGCUUCAGCAGUUGGAGAAGCACCGACAGAUGGCACAAGAUAAGGAGGUUCAGAUUGCAACAUUGCGUUACAAAUGCGUUCAAUACGAAGAGUCGAUCAAGGUGCUGGAGGCUGUAAUAGAAAAGCUAAAAAAGUAA